AUGGAGGAAGAUGAGCCUAUGGGGGAAGAUGAGCCUAUGGACGAAGAACAUAUACAAGAAAAGGAAAGUGAUGGUCUUGAAGAAUUUUGGAAUGAGUACUCAGUGGCACUUGAAAGCUCUAAGCUCGACACACUUGAAGAGGCAGCCAAUGAGAAAGAGGUGAACAACGUCUGCAAUCAUGAAAUACAGAUUCAUGAAGAUCUGGGCCAUGUAUGCCGUGUCUGCGGUAUGAUUGUGAGAGAAGGGCUGACACAAUCAUUGAUUAUCGAUGGAGAAAGAAUCGUUGAAGAACUGAAUGCGUUAGACAUUGUUAUUCAUCCAAGACAUGAAAAGCAAAUAAGAUCACAUCAGUUGGCAGGUUUCCACUUUCUGGUUAAGAAUUUAGUCUCUGACAAACCAGGAGGUUGCAUUCUAGCUCAUGCCCCUGAAAUAUUAGAAGUUGAUGCUGCAGAUAGGGCUUUCAGCUUGAUAGAUGUAACUGUUGAUAGUCUGGUCCGGUCUAUCAACGUGGCCGACGGUGUGAAGGCCAGCCUUUUCACCAAUAUCCUGGCACUUGUGGAAUCUGCGGUAGAGAAGGUCAUUGCAUUUAGUCAGUACAUUACUUCCCAUGAAUUUUUUGAAAAGUCUAUUGGUUAA